AUUGACCUCUGCCUUCCACCUCUGUCUCAGCAGAAGGACAUUUUCAUCUCUGACUGAUUGAAGUCCGUUUAAUUCAUUUGUUUGAGUUUGUUGAGUCAGCUCUGAGUCAUUUGACUUUUUUGGAUGUUUCUUCAUUUCCUUCCAAAUCAGACCAUGUAGUUAAUCAUUUCACCCAGGCCCUCAUACGCCUGCAGCCUAAUCACAGAGAGUUGUGAGAAUCAAACUCUGAAAUGUUGAAUCCUUUAUAAGGGAAGAUGUGGUAGUACCUGUUAAUACUAUGGGGUGGCGCCGUUACCAUUCUCUGGUGUGGGAUAAACUCAGGAACGAGUUAAGAUUGAUCUAAAUGCAGCUUCUCUGUUUCGGGAAAUCUUAGGUGGCUGGAAACAUAAUUUAUAGUUUAUUUGUUGGGUCUAAACUAAAGAUUAUUCCAUAAGCUUUACAGUUGGUGGAUCACUUCACUGGCUCUGAGAAGAGAGACCUUAUACUGUUAAAAUAUUAAACUGCAUGACUUUGGAAACAGUUCCAUCAUUCUAUAUGGUAAAUUGUCUUGAAUACAAGCUUUUGUACAAGUACACAGCCUUGUUGGGAAUUUAACAGGAAUUUCAUCAGUACACGCAUCUAGUUAACUUCAUUCUAUAAGCAUAUUUUGUGGUUUGUUUUCACAAUGCCAAAGCUCAAUGGGAAUUUUGUGUUUUGUUUGGGUUCUUUUGAAUCGUACCUGGGUUUUAGUGUUCUGUGAGGUUCCUAUAUAUCAAGUUCCAAGUCCAGGCUGUUAUACAGGCUAUUGUAAUGAACCUGAUCAGACCACCACCCUAUCACACCUACAGUCAACAUCCUGUUGACACAAAUAGCCAGAACAACACAUUUCCAACAGGGUUUGGGGUCUGCAGCUGGAUGAUCCAGUGUUAACCAGCACUAAUUACACCAUGUCAUGUCUCCACUUCACACAAUAUGGGGUCCAUGCUGUACGUCCAUCUUUAUACCAGGUGAUGAAUACCCAGGUUGGUGUUCCAUGUCGGGGUACAAUUACCACUAAGACAAACAUGUCUCAGAAAGGGAAGACAGACAGGCAAACACUUGAUUUGAAUUCCUCCACAGAGGAGACAUGCAGCAUGAAGCGUAAGACUCUCUAGUCUAUUCAAAAGAUUAAGAAGACAAAAUGCAAGAUUUUCUCUGCACUGAGAACUGCUGCCUAAUUUAACGUCACUGCAGCUUAACCCCAUGAUGAGAUGUGAAUAGCUAUGGUCAUUGAAUUCACAUGAGAUUAUAAGGUCAAUACCAUCAGCAAAAAAAUAAAACAAUCUUCAAUUUAAGUUUUUCAGUCACCGUGAGGUCUGAGGGGGGAAAGUCUGAACUCUUAAGGGGCGGCAGCGUAGCCUAGUGGUUAGAGCGUUGGGCUAGUAACCAGAAGGUUGCGAGGUCAAAACCCUGAGCUGACAAGGUACAAAUCUGUCGUUCUUCCCCUGAACAGGCAGUUAACCCACUGUUCCCAGGCCGUCAUUGAAAAUAAGAAUGUGUUCUUAACUGACUUGCCUGGUUAAAUAAAGGUAAAAUUAAAUUAAGAUAAGGGUUGAAAGGUCAGUGAAAAUGGUGUGCCUGGGUUCUGUCUCUCCUCCCUGUGUGAACCUUCACACACUGACUUCUUCCUUCUGCUGGAGGCUAUGAUCUGGUCUUAAUGGCCAUGUACUCUUAUCCCCCUGGCACAGCCAGAAGAGCACUGGCCACCCAGUGUUCCUGCCUUUCUAGGGAGUUUUUCCUAGCCACCAUGCUUCUGCAUUUGGGGUUUUAGGCUGGGUUUCUGUAUAAGCACUUUGUGACAUCUGCUGAUGUUAAAACAGCUUUAUAAAUACAUUUGAUUUGAAAUGGUCUGUGAGGAAAGUUUAUCCACAGCCUGAACCUGAACCGCACACUGGUGGACUGGAGAUAGUAACAAAAGUCAGGCAUAUAAAAGAUCCAUGGAACAGAAGUCAAAGUCUCCAAAAGCCAAGGCAGAAGAAAAUGGGAAGAAUCAUCAGUUUGCUAUCUGAAGUUUCUGAAGACUGUCAACCUAUAGCAUCAGCUUAUACCAUGGGAAAACUGGUGAAGACUUAGAUGUUGUUUCAUCUGUCAUACAGAAAGCAAAAAUAAGAGAAGCCCUUUUGCAAUAGACAAAACCACAGAGUUGGCUCUGCAAGAUACAUUUAGGUCACACUGCAUGUGCAUGGAGAGAGAUGAGCUAGAAGGCUGCUCUGCAUGAGCAACUUCCGUACCAGAGAUCACAACUUGUUGAAUGUUUUGAAGUGGGACUGUUUUUUUAUUAUGUCCACCACCAAGGUGACAUCAAACCAACAAACAAACUCUCCGGGAGCACCUUCACUCAGGGCUUUCUUAGUGGUCGUCUUGACUGACUGUGUAGAGUAUGAACAACCACAGUUCUGGAUCGUACCACCCUCCGGCUGAACCAUUGGUGAUGCCUGUUCUGGUGGUAAUUAUCUUCGUGACGGUUGCUGGCAACCUACUGGUCAUCCUCACCAUCGCCCGCACCCUCCACCUCCAGACCACCACCAACAUCUUUGUCAUCUCCCUGGCCUGUGCUGACCUUAUCAUGGGCUGCCUGGUGCAGCCUCUGGGGGCCUCCCUAGUGGUGACGGGGGACUGGCUCCUUAGCGGCACAGCCUGUGAGCUCUGGACAUCCAUGGAUGUCCUCUGUGUGACAGCCAGCAUUGAGACGCUGUGCACCAUCGCUGUGGAUCGCUAUAUCGCCAUCACACGGCCUCUCAGGUACCAGUCUCUGCUUGGGAAACGUCAGGCGUGGCUCAUGGUGUGUGUGGUGUGGGGUGUGGCAGCCCUCAUCUCUAUAGUCCCAAUCAUGAGCCAGUCGUGGCGUGCUCAUAACGACACCGGGAGCAUGCAGUGCUACGAGGAGCCACACUGCUGUGACUUCAUCACCAACAUGCCCUACGCCAUCGUGUCCUCUGUUGUGUCCUUCUACGUCCCCCUGCUGAUCAUGAUCUUCAUCUACAGCAGAGUCUUCCUCAUCGCCACACGGCAGGUCAGGCUUAUGAAUGAAAACAAGCUGCGUUUCCUCAGUUGGUGUGACAUCCCCCCAUCAGAGUGUCAAAUAGUCAGCCCUGGGAGUCCCAAUGGCAGGGAUAGGAGCAUCACUGGCAGGGCUGUGAGUCCCACUGGUAGUAUCACUGGCAGGGCUGGGAGCACCACUGGCAGAGCUGGGAGCAUGAACAGGACUGGAAACAACGGCAGGGCUGGAAGCAGCUUCAUUUUCGACUCCAUACAGUGGAGAAGCCAGGGCCGCAGGCACACUCGGGUAACUGUCCUAAAGGAACACAAAGCCAUCAAGACCCUGGGGAUCAUCAUGGGGACCUUUACUCUGUGCUGGUUGCCCUUUUUUGUGUCCAACAUCAUUAAGGUGUUUGACCCAGAUAUCCCCACCAGGGAAGUUUUUAUUCUGCUCAACUGGCUGGGCUACCUGAACUCAGGCCUCAACCCCAUCAUCUACUGCCACAGCCCAGAGUUUCGCUCAGCCUUCCGGAACCUUCUAUGUUGCCUGUGGCUCUCUAAGGUGGGGCUCAACAGAGUCUUCAAGGGGCUGUGGACUAGUGCCAUGUUGGAGGAGAGUAGAGCCAAUGCAGGGACACACAGCUGCCAGGGCCUGAGACAGGGGCAGAGGCAGGGGCAGAGGCAGGAUCAGGAGCAUGGACUGGGGCAGGAGGGACUGUCUCUGCCGCUAACACACAUUCAACACAGUCCAGACGGAAUGGAUGUCACUGACACAGCGACAGUCUGAGAGAAAGUCACACCUAUAUGACUCUGCGUUCCAGACAGGUGGAUGUUCGCUUUCUCAAGCAUGAUGACAGGCUGAAUAUUCUCUCCACAAACGCUUGGGAUGUAGGGGCAGAAACCAGAUCCAGCACCACAGGGUAGAGCUUUGGAUAAACAGCCAUCCUUGCCUGACAAAACUGGAGACUUAAAUCUGUAACCAUGCCCCAUUUACCUCUUCCAGGUAUUUCCGCAGCUCACACGGGGCACUUAAUUCCCUGCCAGGUUGACCCUCCCCCUAAGACACAAUCUUUGAUGCAACAAAGCCAUAUUUCUGAAGAACUGUGGUCGAGAUGCUUGCUGGAUUCAAGUUGCUGGCACCUUUGGGGGUCCUGCCGCUCCACGGCUGUACUCUCUGAUUUACUGAAGUACAAAGACUCUGCUUCCCUCAUCAGUGGCUCCAUCUCUGUUGAGCAAAGUGCCAGAGACACUCUUGGGUCCAUCAAGCAAGCUGCUGCAGGGGUUGGAUCGAAGUUGGCUGCCAGAGGAUUCAGUUUGAAGUUGGUCGAUGUAGAUUGUAAACAGCUCCAGCAACUUCACAAGCUGCUCUAGCUUGCCCCAGUCAAGCUCUGUGCUCGCCCUCGGAUUUCUUCCAUUAGCUAGUGAUAGCUAGUGAUGAUGAUGCACAAACUAGGCCUAUUUGAAAUAUUUGCAUCUAACUUGCAGCAUUUACCCACCAUAUUUACAAGCUCAAAAACCCCAUUAGAAAAAAACUAAAACUAAACAUAAUUUAUGAUGGUUUUUAUUUUAUUUUAGUUCAAUUUGCAGUCAAAUAUAGUACUUUCAGUACAUGCUUUUCAUUUUAAUUUUUACUUUAGUUUACUAAAUAGUUAUUCAAUUUGAGUGUUUAUUUUAGUUUCAGUUUUCAUUUAAUAGAAUAACCUUGGUACCAAUAUUGUAGUUACACUGCAUUGUGCAUGUCAAUAAUUUUAGUGCCACUAUAUUACCGGUACAUAUCUUAGCAUUCUAAUAAAGGAAGUGGUUGAGUGCUGAGAAUGUUAAAUACAUCAACUUCCCACGCCUCAAUAUGUGUAUGUGGGUGGUUUGUGCAGUCAGUGGACUUGAACAGUGGGUGAGUUUCAGUUGAUAAACCACAGUAGUUCUGUUUGUCCCUUCAGUGCCACCUGGGCAUGUGCAGUGUAUAUACAGUGGGGCAAAAAAGUAUUUAGUCAGCCACCAAUUGUGCAAGUUCUACCACUUAAAAAGAUGAGAGAGGCCUGUAAUUUUCAUCAUAGGUACACUUCAACUAUGACAGACAAAAUGAAAAACAAAAUCCAGAAAAUCACAUUGUAGGAUUUUGAAUGAAUUUAUUUGCAAAUUAUGGUGCACCACAAUUGGUGGCUGACUAAAUACUUUUUUGCCCCACUGUAUAACAGGCUUAACAGACAUAAGAAAACCCUGUAGGGCCAAUGAACUUUGUGUUUUCGUAAGGGUAUAAAACUAAUCUUUCAUUUGGAAGCAGGGAAUAUCACUACUUUGCUGAUAAGUACUGUAAGUAAUUGUCAAGACCUGUUGGGGGGGAAUAUUUGGAAAUCCUUUGUGUGAUCUGUUAUUAAAGGUGUGUAUUUGUAUUUAUUAUUUAUUAAGGCAGCAGCUACUCUUCCUGGGGUCCAGCAAAAUUAAGGCAGUUAUACCAUUUUUAAAAAAUUACAACACAUUGCACAACAGAUUUCACAACACAUUAAGUGUGUGCCCUCAGGCCACUACUACUACCACAUAAAUAUGUAGUAGUAGAGUAGUGGCCUGAGAGCACACACUACAAUAUCUACAACACAAAAUCCAGGUGUACAUGUGUAUAUAGUGCGUAUGUUGUCGUGUGUGUGUGUGUGUGUGUGUAUGUUUGUUCACAGUCCCCUCUGAUCCAUAAGGUGUAUUUUUAUCUGUUCUUUUAUCUCUAUCACAUGGUGUUCAGAUAUGAGCCUCUCUAUCUAUACCUAUAUACAUCAGAGUAUCUGAGAGAAGUUUUCAUACAUUCAAACUAAAAACACCACAACUUUCCGUUUAUUCUGAGCAUCGAUUUCUAACACCAGGGAUCAGACAGAAUAAUGUUUGUUAGUUAUAGCUGUGAGUACAUCUUGUUUUUGUUGUGCUCUCAUAUAGUACUAAUUGGGCACUCACUACUCUGUGGUUUGGAUCGUACUGUAGAUCAGAGGAAACCCUGUCUAGUUAAUUUCUAGAAGUUUCAUUAGGCCACUAGACUAGUUAGCUGCAGAAUGCCUUGAGCAUAGCAGAAGAGGUAUCGAUCGAGACAACUUACAACACAGAGUCAUUUUAUUCUCUUCAUAAUGACAGCAUGUCUAAUGUAUGUGAGAAACAUUUAAAUGAUUAUACACUGUCACAGACAAUUGUCUAAUUUUGAAAUUGUGAUAAAUAAUUUGAGAAUAGGCAACAAAAGUUAGUUUACAUUAAUUGGCAGUACAUGUUUCAUGAGAGCAGUCUUUCCAAGGAUGUAGAUACAUCAAUGCCACUAUUACAGCGUUGCCAAUAUUUGUCACGAUCGUCUAAGGCGGAAACAGUGGACCAAGGUGCAGCGUGGGGAGCGUACAUACUUCUUUAUUUUAAGCUGUCGCCAACAAAACAAUAAACAUCAAAUGAAUACGUGAAACCCACGUAGUGCUCACAGGCAACUAUACAUGGACAACUACCCACAAAUACAUGUUGGAAAAAUGUUACCUAAGUAUGGUUCUCAGAGACAACAAUAGACAGCUGCCUCUGAUUGAGAACCACACCUGGCCAAACACACAGAAAUACAAAUCAUAGAACAAGGAACAUAGAAUGCCCACCCAAAUCACACCCUGACCAAACCAAAAUAGAGACAUAUAAAGCUCUCUACGGUCAGGGCGUGACAAUAUUAAUGUGCUAUGUCUUUUAGAAUGAUAAUUGAGCUGCAUUACAAGGUCCACUUAGGAAUGGGAGUGUGAAGGGUGGAACAAGGAUAAAUGUAGUAUUCAAAUCAUAUUUGACAGAAUGACAGCAGAGUUAUCACAGGCACUAAGUCUGAUGUUUGCUGCCUGGUCAAGGCAGAAUGUAAGCGACUGGAGUCAGACAGGGAAAUUAACUCUCCAAAGAUGAACUGUUGUUAUAGGCUGGGUGGUUUGACAGUAUGGCAUGAUACUGCAGUCAAUGAAUUACCAGCCAGCCAGUGAUACAGUGUAUGUUGGAAUUAACCUGAAUAUUAGAUUGUAUGAAAGGUCAAUUGCAAUAGUAAAGGUUAUACAAGUAUGUUGAAUGAUUGCACUUGCUGUUUUGGAAAAUAUUAGAAUGUAUAAGAUGUUAUGUGUGUCAUAGAUUUGUCAAUGUGUUAAUUGUCCAUUGUUUUCCACAGAGUACAUUUAAUAUCUACAGAAGUGCAAAUACACAGGGGCGGCAGGGUAGCCUAGUGGUUAGAGCGUUGGGCUAGUUACCAAAAGGUUGCAAGUUCAAAUCCCUGAGCUGACAAGGUACAAAUCUGUUGUUCUACCUCUGAACAAGGCAGUUAACCCACUGUUCCUAGGCUGUCAUUGAAAAUAUGAAUUUGUUCUUAACUGACUUACCUAGUAAAAUUUCUGUAUAAUUACUCAAUACCAUGUGAAAAUGCAUACAAACAAUAGAUGAGCUGGAACAUCUUACAAAACAAUUAAGAAUUUUAUUGUUAGAUUAAUAAUUUGAUGAAUUAGAUGAUACAACAUAAAAAUAACUAUUCUAGUGGUGACUGAAAUCUGUAGCCUAUAGAGUGAGUAGCUUAGAUAGCUCAUUUAGAAAAUGGGAUUGUCCUUUUCUCCCCUUUUUAACAUUACAAGUAACAAUGGAAAUCAACAACUCUGUCUGUCUUCAUCUGUUUCUUUCUUGUAAGCAUUUUUCCACCCUAGAGUCUGAGACCUUGUGGAAAUCUGUGUUAGAGUGGAAGAAUGUAUGACAAUUUAGCAUUCGUUAAAAAUACAUAAUGACAGCUGGAAUUAUGUAUGAUAAAGUAUCUCUACCUCUAUUUUCCAACAUUGCAUCAAUUAAUCAUCAGUUCAAUCACUGCAGUAUUUGCCAGGGUCAUACAACCAAUGGCUCCAAGACAAGUAAUGAGUGGGCUAAAAAACAUCAGUACUAAAAGCCUGCAACCCAUCUGUUCAAUCAUCAAUCCAUCUGCGUCCGACGUUACAACACUGCUUUACGAGCUGUGAGUAAGUUUACUUAUGGGGGGGGGGGGGAUUUGACCAACACUAUGCUAAUGUCUUAUUUUUCCACUACUCCCAAGAUUGUUUUGGACAACUGAGCCUUUAACAAGAUUGUGAAAUGUUAGGCUGCCACACCACCUCCUCCAGAUUUGACCACCAUUCUCAGAAUGUGAGCACAUAUACAAUUUCACCAUGGGGUGGUGCUUAAGAGUAUGGCUUUGCCAUACUGGUAUCUGUACCAGUAUAGCGUCUGUGACAGCAUGGGCAGCACCGUUUUGAGUCCCACCCAGUUGGCUACAUUAAAAUGGCAUGCCCAUGCAAGGCAUGCCCAUGCUAACACGGCCUAUUGGCCACUAGAGGCCUCUAUCAUUCUCUAUGGGCUUUGCCCAUUGAGUUGAGCUUGCAAUGGUUGUUGGCCUCUACACAGAUGUACUAUCUUAAUUUGAUCACUCUGUUACAACAGAUAAUUUUCCUGUGCAGCAGGAAAUGCACAUUUUAGGGUAUUCAAGGUUUAAAAAGGUUUCUAAAGUUUGUAAUUUCCACUUUAAAAUGUCAGACUUGAUUUAUCCUAACUAAAUAUGUAUUGAGCCCUACAAAAAUGUCAGUUAAUUAUAAUACAAAUAAUAAUUCACACGUCCUUUUAAGGGGUUGUUGUUACAGUGUAAUUACAUGUGUAACUACACUGUAAAAAGUAUUGUAGUUAACUGUAACAACUCGUAGAAACAAUGUAAUAACAACAUGUAAUUGGUAGUAAUUACUGUCACGACUUCAGCCGAAGUUGGUCCUUCUCCUUGUUUCGGGCGGCGUUCGGCGGUCGAAGUCGACGACCUUCUAGCCACCGCUGAUCCACUUUUCAUUUUCCAUUGGAUUUGUCUUUUCUUCCAUCACACCUGGUUCCAAUUCCAUCAAUUACAUGUUGUGUAUUUAACCCCUCUUUAACCCUUUCCUCCUGCUUGGUGUGCGCCCAGUGUAAGGCUCCUAGGCACCUGCCCAGUGGUAAGCUACACCCCUUACCCAUUCCACAGCGGCCUUGGUUGCACCUGUCGGUGGAUUUUCUGACUGAUCUUCCACCCUCACAGGCUAACACCGCGAUCCUGGUCGUUGUGGAUCGCUUCUCUAAGUCCUGUUGUCUCCUCCCUCUGCCUGAUCUCCCUAUGGCCCUACUUGUUUACACAUCUUCUGGCACUACGGGGUGCCUGAGGAUAUAGUGUCUGAUCGGGGUCCCCAGUUCACGUCUAGAGUCUGGAAGGCGUUCAUGGAAUGUCUGGGGUCUCGAUCAGCCUUACUUCCUUACAUGUUACAUGUUACAGCCUUACAUGUUGUGUAUUUAACCCUCUGUUUCCCCUCACGUCCUUGUCGGUAAUUGUUUCUUGUAGUGCUUAUGCACGGUAUUCUGGUAUUUACCGGGUUUUGUUUGACCCAUUUAUUGUAUUGUUCUGUUGACGGUGGUUUAUGGAUAUUAAAUGACACUGUUGUAAAUCA